GAGGGGUGUCCCGUCGGCAGGCACACAGACAGCAGGCAGCAGCUGCAGCGACAGGAACCCGCUUUCUUCUCGGUACCGCAUUAAAACACAUUCAUCUUCCGAUUUUUUAGCUCCGAAACGCCACCGGACAGCAAACGCGCAACACGACCUCUAAAAUGGUAGACCGCGGGGAACUGGUGCAGAAAGCCAGGCUGGCCGAGCAGGCGGAGAGGUACGAUGAUAUGGCAGCUGCCAUGAAAGCGGUCACAGAGCUGAAUGAAGCGCUAUCCAAUGAGGAGAGGAACCUCCUCUCUGUGGCCUACAAGAAUGUGGUCGGGGCGAGGCGUUCAUCCUGGCGCGUCAUCUCCAGCAUUGAGCAGAAGACGUCGGCCGACGGCAAUGAGAAGAAGAUCGAGAUGGUGCGGGCCUACCGGGAAAAGAUCGAGAAGGAGCUGGAGGCCGUCUGCCAGGACGUGCUCAACCUCCUCGACAACUUCCUGAUCAAGAACUGCAACGAAACGCAGCACGAGAGCAAGGUGUUCUACCUGAAGAUGAAGGGCGACUACUACCGCUACCUGGCUGAGGUGGCCACGGGGGAGAAGAGAGCCGGAGUGGUGGAGUCCUCCGAGAAGUCCUACAGCGAGGCCCACGAGAUCAGCAAGGAGCACAUGCAGCCCACCCACCCCAUCCGCCUGGGCCUGGCUCUCAACUACUCCGUCUUCUACUACGAGAUCCAGAACGCCCCGGAGCAGGCGUGCCACCUGGCCAAGACCGCCUUCGACGACGCCAUCGCCGAGCUGGACACCCUCAACGAGGACUCCUACAAAGACUCCACUCUGAUCAUGCAGCUGCUACGAGACAACUUGACGCUGUGGACGAGCGACCAGCAGGACGACGAGGGAGGAGAGGGCAACAACUAAAGAGCCUGAAAACCUCAUUCUGCCAAAACAACACAACACGCGCGCUCACAAAUGAUGACAAAAAAAUAAUAAUAAUAGUUAAAAAGUUCUUAGAAAUUUAAAAAAACAAAGGGAGGGGUGGGGCGGGGGCGGUGGUGGAACAUCGGCGGCCAAUUUAGCCGAUGGUAGACGCGGCUGCUGUUCUUUAUUUUUCCACAAAUUAAAAGUGAAAAAAAAAAAAGAGUAGGAGGAGGAGGGAAGACAAUUUUAGUUUGAGAAAUAACCUACAAUAAAAAAAAAAAAACACAAUAAACAAAUAAAAGAAUGAAACCCCCUCCUCGAUAGCCUCUGCAGCAUUUGCCAAAAUACCACUUUAGAAGCAAAGAGGUAUGUGUCAUUGAUCUCAGUGUGGCUAUUGGGUAACGAUGCCUUCACACUGGCAGAGACUGGUCGUAUCGCGCAAAUGAAGCUGAGCUGUCUUAUUGUAUUUGGUGAGGGGAGGAGCAUUCAGAAAUUCAGUCUCUAUGCUUGAGCAGCAAGAAAAUUUUAAGAGUAACCUUGAAUGUCAUGGCCUUGCUUAGAACAAGAGGAAGACAAGAGGAAGGGAGCGAGUCGGGAGAGAGGAAGAAGGGGGCUGUUAGAGGGGGUGUCAUCGCGUAAACAAACAUCUUUAGUUGCACCGCGCCCAUGAUCGUCGAGUGAAAAGCAGGUUGUCUCUUGUUAUUGAAGAUAACACAUGGAAAAAAAGAGAAAAAAAAAAGAAGAAAAACCCAAAUGUUUUUUGUUUGCUUUGUGUCAGGUAUGUGUCCAGCUCAGUCACACAGUCAUACUGUAACUAAAAAGACAAAUUCAUAAAGUAAACUUAGUGCAGCUUGUCCCUCUCAUGUGCUGAUGUGCUUUAUUAAAUAAAUUAACUGUUUUUGGACACCUAAUUCUUAUUGUCGGUAUUGUCGUUACUAUAACAACUUCUAUUGGCUCCUCAUGUUUGUUAUUUGAUCCAGAUAGCAAAAAACAAAUAAAAAUGAAUGAAAUUUAAAAAAAGAGGAAAAAAAACAACAAAAAACCUGUUGAUUGAAAAAUGUCCACCCUUAUUCUCCAGUUAAUGCUAUCUUCAUGACAUCCGGUAGGGAAACGGCACCUGGAACCACAGACCCGAUUAGUGUCAUUUUUUGGGACAGAGCACAUUGCAAUGUUAAAGCGGAAGCUGUAAAAGCAGAUUUGAGGUUUGUGGAUUUACUUUUUGUCUUCAGUUUCUUCUUGGUCAAGAAAUUGCACUUGCCUAUUAUACUGUUUCUUCAGUGUAAGAUGAUAACUGCUCCAAUAUUCUCCAUAAUACAAUAUUGUGCAUGCUGGUGAUGUAUUUAUACAGUAGCUUCAAUUUAUUAACUUAUACUGUAGAUGUUAUGUAUUCAUAUGAACAUGGAAUUACUAGACCUUAAUCGGAUUAUUUUCUAUUUAUUUCUUUUUAUUGCGAUUGUUAGCUAGACCUUAUUUUAAAAUCUGUGUUUUCUUUACUCCAUUUGCUGAAGUACGCUAUACCAAAACAGUGAUUGUUAACAAUAAAUUGAUCUGUUACGGACA